AACGCAAGUGAAGCUACACGUUUUCUCUGCUAAGUUCAUAGAUUAUUUUGUUUGAAUUUAGUCAAUAUUACUACAGUACAAUGAAAUAUAAUAAAGCAGUUAUUAACUCUGUAGACUUAGUGAGAAGAUCUACAAAUAUCAGACAUGGCAUUUUACGCACGUAUUCGACAGAGCAGCCCAAACCAUUUGAAUCUAUACCAGGGCUCUCCUCUUUGCCAAUCAUAGGGCCUCUGCACCACUUCCUACCUGUGAUAGGUUCAAUAGGGCUGAAAUCGAAUUUUGUGGAGACUUUUGGAGGGUUGAGCGUUAAAUAUGGCCCAAUGGUGAAACUGGACGGCGUUUUUGCGAGAGCUAGUAUGCUGCUCUUGUUUGACCCGGAACUUUAUGAGCAGGUCUACAGAGCAGAAGAAACGAAUCCUUUGCGGCCUGGGUUUGAAACUUUAACUUAUUACCGGGAAGUAAUGAGGAAAUCUACUUUUAAUGGUGUUUAUGGACUAACAACAGCGCAAGGAGCAGACUGGAGAAACUUCCGGACGAAAGUGAACCCAGUGUUGUUAAAAAUCAAACUUGUGAAAUUAUAUGCGCCAGGUCUGGAACAAAUAGCUGAUGAUAUGGUAGACAGGCUCAUCAGGCUUGACAAAGAGGACGGGUAUUUCAAAGAAAAUUGGGACAAUGAAAUAACCAAAUGGUCUUUGGAGUCAGUGGCUUUCGUCGGUCUGGGUACAAGAUUGGGCUGUUUAAAGGAUGGCUUGGGCGAAGACCAUCCUAGCAGACAACUCAUUAAAUGCGGCAAAGACAUACCAUCUCUGUCGUUCAAAUUGGAAUUUUUUCCGAGUAUGUGGAAAUUAUUACCAUCUCGAACUUAUAAGAAGCUUAUAGAAACCUUGGAUUUGCAAUGGCAGAUAAGCAGUGACUACAUCACCGAGGCUCAAAAGCGGAUAAACGAGCGAGGCUCUGCCGUCCCAGAAGAAGACAAGAGUAUCAUUGAGAAGCUGCUGGCGGUGGACCCGACUGUCGCCAUCAUGAUGGGCAACGAAAUGCUGCUGGCUGGCAUAGACACUGUAUCAUUCACAAUCACAACGCUGCUCUACCAACUCGCCAUAAACCCCGAGAAGCAGGACAAAACCCGGGCGGACGUAUUAUCAGAUGAACCCAACAAGCAUUACCUGCGAGCGUGCCUGAAGGAGUCAUUGCGACUGCUACCAGUCGUGUCGGCCAAUCUGAGGCGAACUUCGAAGGAGCACGUGGUUGGUGGAUACCACGUGCCUAAAGGGAUCGACGUUAUAGCGCCCAACCAAUACUUAUCGAAUUUAGACCAACAUUAUCAACAGGCGAAGGAAUUUCUCCCAGAAAGAUGGAUUGUAGAUAAAAGUGAUCCUUUAUAUUAUGGAAAUACGCAUCCUAUGGUAACCUCUCCCUUCGGAAUGGGGGUGAGAUCCUGCAUAGGGCGCCGGAUAGCAGAGUUGGAGAUCGAGAUUUUGUUGAAGAAGUUGUUGAGUAGGGUCAAAGUGAGCUGGGUAGGGCCACCUUUAAAUAUCAAGUCAACAGUUAUGAAUACACAUGCCAAACCUUAUGGUUUUAAAUUUGAAGCUCUCAAAUAAAAACAAGAAAAAAGAAUAUAUUUAAAAUUUUCAAACUCUGGGCAUUUAAGAACGAUUUUUUUUAUUACCUACCUGAUUCUAAGUUAUCAGAAUUUAAACUGCAACAACAACAAAAAUGAUUAAAAUAAAAUAUGACUUUACAA